AUGCAACUGGCACAUCCACUUGAAGACCCGGUGUCCCCGAAAUAUAGCUUCAGUGAAUAUGCGUGGAGUCUUCCAACCUGUCAUCCUGGUAUAAUUUACCACCUCGUUCUCUGGGGAAGCCCCAUUGCCAAGGAUAUGGAUGCCGGAAAUAAAUGGAUGGCCGUCGGCCUACAUCUCCUGUCCUUGGAGCGUAGCGAAUUCAAUAAUGUAGCCGCGCGAGUCCAGUAUCCUCUCACGAUCUCCAAAGGCGGUUUUGUUAUUCUGUUUUAUGAGAAUAGGGCAUUGGCCGGAAUCAUAAGCCUUCGUGCAGCGAGUCAGCAAAUGCUUAACACCAUUGGGUCAUCCACCGAUUGUAGCAACAACAAGGACCUUUAG